AUGGACUUCAGCCGCCACUUUGGAAUUCGUUUUGGUGUUGAUCAGCAAAAUUAUUAUCUGCCAAAAAAAUCCUACGUACAACAUCAACAGGCAAAGCAUAAGCUGGAUCGAUGGCUUUCAAUCCCGGAUAUUCAAGAGAAAUUUAGAAUACAAUUUGAAACUUUAUCGGCAUCAAGAACAUUUAGCUUGCCAAAAAGGGCCAGAACUUGUACAGCAGUAAGGGUAUGCAGAAUAUGGAGAUCAUGUCCAACAUCACCAGCAAACCCACCUGCCAAAAAAGAUUAUCACCAAGCUUACCAUGGCCCAUUUGAAUCCACAACAUCAAGCUUUCCUAGAAGAUCAAGAGUGGUCAAUCCCCGAUAUGCCCCAUUCAUCGAAAGAUGCUCCGAAACCACCCGAUUCCAAACUAUCUUUUCUCUUUAG